AUGGAGCCCAUUCCCUUCCACCUCCUAUUCCUCGACAAAGCCGUCUACCUCUUCAUGCAAUUUGUCCAUCUACGAGCAUCAAUCAAUAUCUCACUUGGAGGCCUCAAACAGUUUGUAAAAAAAUGCAACCUGACCCCCGCAAUCUCCUCCCGAGAGAUAGAUCUGAAGGCAGCUGAGAUUAAUUUCUAUUUGACUGGCGAUCAAUCGAAGCUUGGACAAGGCCUUCCAUUCCACGGGUUUCUCAAAUUCCUCUUUUACGUUUCGGAGAAGAAAUUUCCAAAGGAACCGACAUUAUUGGCCAAGAUGCAGAAGUUGAAUCAAUUUUGUGAUGCUUCAUUGAG